GUAGAUGCUUCUUUCUGUUCCCAGCCAACAUGGCCAAACUCCUGCAGUUGUUGGGAUCCAUCAAGGGCAUCUUUGCUCAAUAUGCCGGAAAAGACGGAGACGGCAGGAGUCUCAGCAAAAGGGAACUUAGUGAACUGCUGCGUGAGGAGUUUGGCAUUACAGGAUCGGCCAACAAAAAGGAAUUGGACGACUUCUUCGACACGCUGGACCAGGACAAGGACAAUGUGGUCGACUACAAUGAAUUUCUCACAUUUAUGGUGACUUUGGUGGCAAUUAUGGAUGCCUAACAGGUUCUUCUUUCUCUGAAUAAAACUUUAGAAUGUGCGCUAAUUGUACUUUCACCUAUGAGACUGUAUUUGGCAACUCUGAUUUAAAUGUUUAGACCAAAUAUGUUAUACCAACACACUUUUCUCUACAAUUUGCCUCUGAAUUAAAAAACAAAUCUGAAUGGGU